CCAUGUACACUCAGCUCGUAAACAAAGCAGCUUUGCUAGAGCGGAACAAGUUUGGCCACCGUUAACCUUAUUUCGAAAUGGCGAGGUCGCCCAUGGCGAUGCUCCCGUUCCUGGCACUCGGGGUAGCAGCACUAGUCCUGUCUGCCGCGGGAAUGGUGGCCGCGCAGAAGUGCGGCUGCCGGGCGAACGAGUGCUGCAGCCAGUACGGCUACUGCGGCACUACCGACGCCUACUGUGGAAAAGGAUGCCAGUCCGGCCCGUGCACGGCGAGCGGUGGUGGCGGCGGCGGGAGCGGCGUCUCCGUGGAGAGCGUCGUCACCGGGGCGUUCUUCAACGGGAUCAAGUCCCGGGCCGGCAACGGGUGCGCCGGCAAGAGCUUUUACACGCGCCGGUCGUUCCUGGCCGGCGCCCGGGCCAACCCCAACUUCGGGAAAGGCAGCACCAGCGACGACGGCAAGAGGGAGAUAGCCGCCUUCUUCGCCCACGUCACCCACGAGACCGGACACAUGUGCUACAUCGAGGAGAUCGGCGGGGCGAGGCAGAACUACUGCGACAGGAAGUACACGCAGUGGCCGUGCGCCUCGGGGAAGGGGUACUACGGGCGCGGGCCGCUGCAGCUGACGUGGAACUACAACUACGGGGCGGCGGGGAAGAGCGUGGGGUUCGACGGGCUCAACAACCCGGAGAAGGUGGCGCAGGACCCGGAGGUGGCCUUCAAGGCGGCGCUCUGGUUCUGGAUGAACAACGUGAAGCAGGUCCUGCCGCGGGGAUUCGGCGCGACGACCAGGGCGAUCAACAGCGGCGAGUGCAACGGCGGGAACGCGGCCGCCAUGAACGCCCGGGCGGGCUACUACAGGGCCUACUGCAGGAAGUUCGGCGUCGACCCGGGGAGCAGCCUCACUUGCUAGGUGCUUUGGGCCUGAUCGAGAUGGGCAUGCAGAGAACAUGCAUGGCUUAUGUAGAAUAAACGUUCGGCAUGCGUAUACGCGUCUUAAGCCGUCCAAACAAGAAAAGGGUGAGGAUGUGGUCUAGCACGUACCAAGAUCCUUGCAGUAGUACUGCUCACGAGCUCUACUCUUUUUCCUCAUCAACAAGCAAAAAGUGUUACUCCUAUGUUCUUGUUUAUUACUCAUGUCUAGGUACAUCUGUAUCUAGAAAAAUCUAAUACGAGAAAUUCAUGACGGAGGUAACAUUAUUGAGAUA